UAAAGGAAAACCCAGAUCUGGUACAUUGUUAUGGUGUAAAGAAGGUUUGUCCCUUAACAGAAAAAUUGAAGCAUUUCCAUUUUGUGACAGGGUACCCCCCAGAUGUGCUCCACGACCUCUUAGAAGGUGUAAUACCAUUGGAGUUAGCACUAUGUCUUAACCUGUUUGUAAGAAAGCAGUAUUUCACUCUGUUACAACUGAACAAUUUAAUUGCAGAGUUUCCAUAUAAUUGGACCGACAAAACUGACCGCCCUCAACCAAUCCCACUAAAUCUUUCUUCUCGGAGAUCUAUUGGCGGAAACGCACACGAGAAUUGGACACUACUGAGAUUGUUACCAUUCAUAAUUGGUACAAAGGUGCCAUUCACUGAACCCGCGUGGCAAGUUCUCAUGACCCUAAAAGACAUUACUGAACUUGUGGUAUCCCCUGUUCAUACCGAGGACAGUAUUAGUUAUCUCGAUAUGUUGAUUUCUGAACAUCGCCAUAAGCUGUUAGAAGUGUUUCCUGACUUUAAAUUAACUCCGAAGUUCCAUUUCUUAGAACAUUAUCCGGACAUGAUAAAAUACUUUGGACCUUUGGUUUGUGUCUGGACAAUGCGCUUCGAAGCAAAACAUAAUUUUUUCAAGCGUACUGUUAGACAGACCAACAGUUUCAGAAACAUUUUACUCACUCUCACCACAAAGCACCAAAUGAUGCUGGCUUAUCAGUUACAUACUGAUGUGUUGAAACCUGCAUUAUGUGUGAGUAAAGUAACUAGUAUUCCAUUGGCAUUGCUGCAUGAAGAGAUACAGGAGUCUUUUAAAAAAGCAUAUCCAACACAAACCACAGUGGAGCUGACAAGUGCACUUUCAUAUCAUGGAACCAGAUAUGCAGUUGGGAUGAUUUUGCCCCAUGGAUCUACCGGUGGUCUACCCAAUUUUGUGGAGAUUUCACAAAUUGUGAUUGUGGGCAGUGAUCUAAACUUCAUUGUUAAGUUGCUCAACAGCUGGUAUUAUGAACAUUUUAGAGGGUUUGUUUUGGAGCACUCUGGGAAGGUGACCCUGCUGGGCAUAGAGCAACUUAGUGAUACAUACCCACUGACACCAUACUGUGUGGGAGGGAAAUGCAUGGUUAGUUUAAAACGACAUGUCAUUGUCCAGUAUUAGGUCAGUAAAAGCCUUAACUGUAUUUGUUUUUGUACAGAUGGACCCUAUUGUUGUGAAGGUGAUUAUUGAUCAUCAUAGUGAGAAGCUCACGCUGUCACCAGGGAUUCCAGAUACAGUGGAGCAAUUGCAUAAGACUGUGAAGGACACUUUUCAGAUUCAUGAAGAAUUCACUCUUCAUUACCUUGACGAGGACUUUGGAGAUUUCUUCACAAUUCAUUCUACUAAAGAUGUUAAACAUAAGGGGACAAUCAAAGUGGUUGUUAUUCCUUCCAUAGUGCUCGCAAUAGCAACACCAGAGACUGAAGAUGUGACAAAUGUGAGUGACACUUCCAGCUUUACUUCAAAAACGUCUUCUAGUUCUGUAGACUACCAGUCAGAUGGCACAUCAUCAUUGUCAUCACAAGAUACUAUAUUGUUGAGCCCUGAAAGGGCAUUGUGGCCAAGUAAAGUUGAGAUUCCAUUUUUUUCAGUUGCAACAGAGGCAGUACUCAGGAAUGCAAAUGAACUGUUUUUGAAAGAUGGCACAGUCCUCAACAACACCCGGGUCAAGUCUGAAAUAAUGGAAAGGCUGGCAGAUUACAUGUACAGUUACACUGCCUAUCCCACAGGCCUUCAGGUUGGACAGGUUGCAGAAGCCUUAGUCCAAAAACAUCCAUGUCUAACAGAACCCGGAAGUCGCAACGGAUGGAUUGGAUGGAUGUACAGCCUCAAAUACAAAAUGGGCAAUUAUAGGUCCAAGUUAAGAAAUCUUGGAUUUCCUGAAGUCACGUGCAAUUCUCUUAAAAACAAGCGUCCUGGUGAGAGGAAACCAGCCCAAAAUGUAAAAAAGGCACGCAAAGGGGAAGUGAUGUAUCUCCCACAUUAUCCUUCAGGAGAAAGCACUGAACGACAAGAGGCACAGCGGCUCACAAUCCUGUCCGAAUUAAAGAAGAGAGAGAGGGUGACCGUCAGUGAAUUGAUGUCCAACACUUUUGCUCAUAGAAGACACGACGUUGUCAGUCUUCAACUGAGCAUCAGAGAGAUCCAAGAAAGGUGGCCUGCCUUGUUUGACAUGUCACAGGUCAAUGCUGAGUUCCACCGAAUUACCACUGUAAAUCUUGAGGCCAAAUUCAUGUUCAAGUUGGACCACUACACCCCGAAACUGCUUGCCAUCUUCCAAGCCAAGAAAGGUGCUGCUGCAGAGAGACAUCGUGCAGAGAUGAAUAUUCUACUGCAGAGUGGAAUUUCCAUUGAUAAAACUAGAGAAGUUGUCAUCAGAUGUCUCAUUGAUCACCUGGGAGAAGACGUGGGUGCCUUAAUCAAGGAGUUUGAAACUUCUGAUGAUUCAGCCGUCAAUGUGGAAGAAGAGCUGGGAGCAGAGAUGAUGGCUCUGUACCUUGUGCGAAGUGAAAAUGGACAAAUCAGGGACGUAGGGAUCGUCAUUGAGGGUUCCAUCGUACUCAACCACCUUGGGGAUCUCAGCAGAGCCUGCUGCUGCUUGCUUGGGCUAACUUAUGCCUUGGAUCUUAAAUACCCCCAAACUCUAAAGUACACUUUUGAAGUAUUUCAAAAGAUGCUUGUUGAAGUGGAUGCUGGGAACCUGUCAACAAAGGUGCAAAGACUGAAAAACAACGUGAUGAUAUAGUUGUCUGUUGGGUGAGCAACCCACUUGAACUAUGCGUGUUAAGGCAAAACACUGUACCCUCAGUAAUUACUGAGAUCUAUCUGGACAGAAACAUUGUGAUUUGGUUUAUCAUUCUACACCACAAGGCUGGUUACUGGGCAUUACAUAUGUACAUAUCUGAUUUUUUUUUUUUUUUUUUUUUUUUUGAUUGCACAUUUACAUUGUGUUUUGAUCAUUCCUGAGCCACAAGGCUUCUUUUUUUUUUUUUUUGAGUUUCGAGGCUGUUUCCCAGAAAUAACUUAAAUAUUGUUCUUUUAAAGGAGAACGUUUAUGUAUUUUCAGUUUGGAGUAUCUGGAAAUGUGAGAAAUGUUGUAAAAGCACAAGAGUUGACCAUUGUAUCUUCACAUCUAAACAUGAAGCCACAUAUUCUGGAGAUGUUGUCUGGCCUUAUGUUACAGAU